UCUUUUUUUUUUUUUUUUUCCCUCGUGUAGUGAGAGCAACAGAUCGUGCUGCUCCCCUCCCCACCACCUUUUCCUGCCAUUUAAUCAUUUGCAGAUCUUGCCAUGGGGUGUGGGCUGAGAAAGCUGGAAGACCCAGAUGAUAGCAGCCCUGGAAAAAUCUUCUCUACUUUGAAGAGACCGCAAGUUGAAACAAAGACGGAUUCUGCUUAUGAAUAUCUCCUGUUGGAUUUUACUUUAGAAGCUUCCUCAAAUCCAGAAGUGAUCAAGAUCAGUUCUGUGUUGGAGAUAGCAUCCAAGGUAGAAGAAUACUACAGCAAAGGCUAUGUUGUGGGAGCUGUUCAUCCCAUCAUGCUGCCCAUCGGCCGCAGAAGGAACUUCCCCGUGAGUCACAUGUAUCGAGUGGUGCUUUCACGGCUGAAAUCCAGCCAGAAGCAUGCAGCACCCAGAGGACAAAGGCACCCCAGGCUGGUGAUCGAGGAAUGUCCUUUAGUGUGUGAAACACUGACAAAUGAGCUAGUGAAAGAACUGGUAGAAAAGGUUAACACAGCUGCUAAAAGAGGGAAGAAGUUUGUGGGAUUUGUAACACAGCAUUUUCCACAACCUAAAGCCUGCAAUGGGACAGGCACAGAUGGAACUGCAGAGCUGGAAUUGACGCUGGGCAGAAAGAAUAGGGAACACAGAAAAAAUUCUGAAGAAAACUAUAAAAACUGGAAUGAAGGGACAUUGAGUGGCCACUCAUCUGAGAGUGGGAUAGAGGAAGAAAUGCAAGGAGAAAGCAGCCUGUUACAGGAUGCAGAUUUCCAGUUUGGAAGAGAAUUCAACCCUGUUAAACCACGAAAAGGAGAUGAUAAGCUAUAUACAGUCUUCAAUGUUUUUGAUGAUGAUUCUACCUGCUGGACCUACCAUGAAGGUGCUCUCUCUAUGAAAGUAACAAGGAAAGGGCCAGUCAUUAGUACACUAGAAGCAGACUGGCUAGAGUUAACCACAUUUUAUUAUAAGCAAGGAUUGUCCUUAAUUGAUUCUGUUGUACACUGGGAAACUUGUAAAGGGGACUACUUGCCCAAAUCUUUAGAAGGAUUAUUUAUCUAUGAAGAAGAAGGUGCUGGGGUUCCAGGCUCUAACAGGAGAGGAAAUGAUGCAAUAGUUGUUGAACAAUGGACAGUCAUUGAGGGAUGUGAAAUUAAAACAGAUUAUGGACCUCUGUUGCACACGCUGGCUGAGUUUGGAUGGCUCCUGACCUGUGUCCUGCCUACGCCAAUCGUACGACAUGACAGCGAAGGAAAUCUGGCCACAAAGCAAGUAAUUUUUCUUCAGAGACCUGUUAUGUGGAAUUCUGCUGUCCAGACACCAGAGAGGAAAUCCUUAAGACAAGUUAUUGGGGAGGAAAAAGGCAAAGUGUCCAGCAGAAGCGUUGGAUUAGACACAGCUACUUCUCGCCCUGUAGAAACUGGACAACCCUCUGAUGAGUUUCACCUCUCUCCAUCUAAACAAUGCUGGAUCAAGGAGGGAUCCUCCCACUAUGGAGGCUUUGCAGGCUUCAGUAGCAGUGAUGCUGUGUUAAGGGAACUGGAUGAUGGACAGUUUGACCAGGAAGAUGGAGUGACUCAGGUCACAUGUAUGUGAUGAAGUAAGUAGCUGCAUCAAAUGGACAUGUACAGAGUUCAUACAGAUGUUUAAGAACACACCCAUCCUGCUUUCAGUGCCUCAGUGUAAUCCUUUGAGCUCUCCCAGGCUCAUUCUAUGUUUGUAUGUCUCUUUGUGGUGUUAAUCCUACUGUAGUAAUAACACUACUGCAAAAUAAUCUGGUUUUCUAUGUCUCUUGAAUAGAGUAACUAUGUGACUGGGUGCUCUGCUGACUUGUUCAUGCUGUUGACAAGCAAGGAAGCAAAUGCUGCAAAAUA